AUGGCAAAGCAUCAUCCCGAUUUGAUUAUGUGCAGAAAACUUCCAGGCACAGCUAUUGGUCGUCUCUGCAAUAAUUGUGAUGGAAAGUGUGUAAUUUGCGAUACCUACGUAAGACCCUGUACUUUGGUCCAUAUAUGCGAUGAAUGUAACUACGGUUCCUUCCAAGGACGCUGCAUCAUUUGCGGUGGAGAGGGCGUUUCGGACGCGUAUUAUUGUAAAGAGUGCACCGUUAUGCAAAAAGAUGUUUCAAAUGUAGGGUGUCCCAAAAUUGUGAACAUUGGUACUGCAAAAACAGAUAUGUUCUAUGAACAAAGGAAAUAUGGGUUUAAAAAGAGGUAG